AUGGCAGGUUUAGUCUCCUCUGUGGGUUUAGUGGUGAUGCUCAAGGCUCUUAUGCUUGCCCAUGGCCAGCAUGCAGUGUUUCUGGGGAUGACGGUGUUGGUAACAGUGAUCGCGGCUGACUCACCUGUUGCAGAUGAGUCGCUGCUGGCCUCCACAAACCAGCCCAUGGGAUUACCUGGACACGGUCAAAGUUCAACUGGGUUCAAACCAUCAGCCUCACCAGCCUCGUAUUAUGCUGCCUUUGAGAGCCCAGACUCACCUGGUGCCCUGCCAUCCAUUUCUGAACCAAACCAUGAAGUUAGGACUGCCGACAUCACACAUUAUCAGUCGGGACGUGUCGCUUUUGAAAACUCCAAAUCCUCCACAGCAAGUGAAGCCCUCGCAGAAGAACCACAACCUCUGGCCAGUCUAUCAUUAAGCCCCUCUGAACCUAUAAUGGGGUCUAGACCACAAUCUGAGGCAGCUAAGUUCUUCACGGACUGGAAGCUGGCCAGGGCAAAGCCGGCUACGCAAUCUUUCUCUCUCUCCCCAACUCCUACAGGUUUCCAGCUGCAGCCUCAGUCAAAUACAUCCAAGGCAUCAUUAAGCCCCUUUGCUUUUACAAGGUCAACGUCACCUCAGCUAGAUCCUAACUCUGAGCAGAAAACAAUCAACAAGCAGCAGGGUGAUGCAUCAGAGCAAACAAAGGAAAUCAUGACCUCAUUUCCUGCUCAGCCUCUUGAGCCCCAUAAACUGUCUUACGCUGACUUUGCGGCAGAUGAAUCUUUUAGUAAAAUCAUGGAUGUGAACCAGCUGAGCCCCAGCAGCGCCCCUUUGAAGAACAACAAACCAACACGUGACAUAAACAUGAUACCGAACCCAGAUGAUAUUCUGGCCCCUGGCUACAAUGUGCCUUUCAUCGACCCCCACCCUACAUCACCUUCAUCUGAACCCACUGAGGUCCCUCCAGAGGACUUCUACCCCACCAACACCAUGGACGUGGACUGGGGGUCUGGAGACUACUUGGAGACGAUGUCAUUCUUAAAUGCAGAAGGAGAGGACUACUCUCUGGUCACAAAGGUGCCAUCUGACUCGUAUGAUAUGGAGGACUAUACAGAAAGCUAUGACACAUCCUUCCCACCCAGAGUAGGCAUUUCCCCUUCGUCUAUGCAUCAUCUUGAUGUCUCACGUUCUCCCGGCCUCACCACAGCCUACAGAACCAUUGUUCCACUUAAAACCAUUGAUCCUUCCUCUUUGUCUUCUACAAUUCAUUAUAUGCUCGACCCUACUCCCACAGCUAACAUCGAUAUACCCGACGCAUCAGACAUAGAUUGGCCCGAUGCUUUCACGAUUCAACCGACAGAUGUUCUCUUACCUGACAUGAACAGCAUGGAGUAUUACGUCACUCAGUUGACCAAGGAGAACAACCGUUCAGACACCGGAGCUGAACACAGAGGGAACGUUACCGUGGUAUCCAUUGGUGCUACAGACAUCACACCCACAGGCAGCGUCAGGAAUGAUACCAAAUUGACUGAGGAUGGGUCCUCUGGUGAUCUGUCAGGGUUUGAGCCUAAAGAUGAACCAACCCCAGUAGGAACCACAGAGGAAAGUCCUCAGCUGGUCAGUGCCUCUGAGCCUUUUCUGGAUCCGUCCAUAGUCCCAACCCACUUCUUUGAUCCAUCUUCUAUUGUCUGGGAUGGUCGAGUGUCCACCACAGAUUGGUCUGGGCAUACUGUAACUAUUGGCCUGGACAGCACUGUGUUAACAGAAGCUAUGCUACCCAGUGCAACACCUUUGCUGCCAGAUGAUGUCCUAUUUGCCUCCUCUCUGACAGAUGUCCAUUGGUUUAUUACAGAGUCAUUCCCAUCAACUACCAUACACACCACUCCUUUCUUAACUCCAACCAUAGCCUUCUCCCCUGUUCCCACCGAACCUGCUGCCAACACCACGGUUGGUAUGACAGAAUUAACUCCCCAAGACUCUACUUUCACAACUGAACAAACUCUCAAUGUAACUUUAGUUUCAACUGAACCCGCAUCUAACAUCACUUUGGGCCCUCCGGCCGUGUUGGGUGAUCAGGGGGUGACUGAAGAUCGAGUUGACAUCACAGCCACAGUGACCUUGAUUCCAACUAGCAGUGAAGCUAAUACAGACUCUGCUGUACCCAAAACCAAAGCUGCCACCACUACUUCUCAUCAAGCCACAACUGGAACUACUGCCGCCACUGAAGCCUCAACUAGUGUCAACAUCAAGUCCACCACCAGUGGAAGGACCACAACAACAGCACCAACGUCAAGACCGUACCUCUGCAACCUUGACAGGCCUGCUUAUUUAGUCAAAAUUGGUUUUCCUUCGGGGGCCACUGUUGGAUAUGCCAAAUCUCAAGUGAGAGACAUACUGAAAGGGGAAUACAACAAAUCUAUGGAGCUGCAGGUUGUGGAUCCCCCACCAAAGUUUGUGUUUCGGGUGGUGUCUGGUCCAGUGGUGUACACAGCCAUAUCUGUCAUCAAUGCUCUGCGAAGGUCUGGACGCCGCUUCCUGUCUCUGUCUCCCAACUGGAUAACACCAGACCGUAAAUAUCAAGUCCACACAGUGCUGCAGUUUGUUCCCGGUCACAUAGACGUGCGGUUCUGCAACUUUAGUGAGAGCAUGGAGAAAGGUUUGACCAUGGCCUUUGCAGAAGUGCGUAGGCGCUCAAAGGAGUCAACCAACUUCACAGUGCAGAUUGUGAACAUCACCAUGGCUGCUCCUAAAUAUCAGGAACAAAGACUGGUGAGACAACCAGUGGACUUGACCUUCACAGUGCACGGUUCAAGGGGUUAUCUGGUGGGGUCAGAGGUCAGCAAUGCUCUGAUGAAGCUCACAAUGGUGGAAUUCAGCUAUUACAUGGGCUUUCCUGUACUGCAGAUUGCUGAGCCUUUCCAUUAUCCAGAGUUGAAUACCAGCCAGUUGCUUCGCUCCUCCUGGGUUAGAACAGUGCUCCUGGGUGUGCUGGACCAGAAAGUGGGUGAGAGGACCUUCCAGGCCAACAUGGAGCGCCGGGUGGCCAUGUUACUCGGGGAGGCAACUGGAUUAAUCAGACGUGUUAGGAGAGCUACCCUUAUAGGCAACAGCAGUGUUCAGGUUGUAAGUGCGAGCCGGCUGGAGGGUGCGGACCAUCCCUUGGAGGUAGUGUAUUUCGUGGAGGAUCCUAGUGGUCAGAGGAUGCCUGCAGCUCAAACAGCCAACCUACUCAACAGCCUGGACGUUCAAAGGGCUGCCAUCGUCUUGGGAUAUCGUGUCCAGGGCAUUUUGGCACAGCCUGUAGAGAAGGUGGCGUCAGCACCUUCUGACGCUGAGAACACCAACACGUGGAUCGUCAUUGGGGUUGUGAUUCCACUCAUCGUUGUCAUCAUCAUUAUUUCCAUCCUGUACUGGAAACUGUGUCGAACAGACAAGCUGGAGUUCCAGCCAGACGCCAUGACCUCCAUCCAGCAGAGACAGAAGCCUACUACCUCCUUCAGAGAAUCAAGGACCUCUCUUCAGCAGACUCUUCCUCCCACUAAAAAGAAUAUAGAUUUUAGUGAGGAGGAAGAGGGGGAGUAUGAGGAAGAAGAAGAGGAGUAUGAAGAAGAGGAGGAGGAGGAGGAGGAGGUUAAAAGAGGGAAGACACCAGUAGCUCUUCCAAAGAGCAAAGGGACAAUGAGCAGUGAGGAGGAAGAAGAAGAGGAGGAAGAGGAAGAAGAAGAAGAGGAAGAAGAAUUAGAGGAGGAGGAGGAGGAGGAGGAAGAAGACAAAGAUGAGGAAAAGGAGAAAUUUCAAAAGAAAGGAGUUGAACAAGAAGAACAAAAAAGACAAGAGAGCAAAGCAAUGAUAAUGAAAACUGGGGUGACGAAGAAAGAAGACAAAAUGAAAGUAUCAACUAAAGGGAGGAGAGCCAAGGACGAGCUGCAGGCUCCCAGUGUGAAAGGAUUUGACUUUGCCAAGCUGCACCUUGGCCAGCACAGUAAGGAUGAUGUCAUGGUGAUCCAGGAGUCUGUCCCGUCGGGGCCGGGCCCUGGGCCCCUCCCCCUGUCCCUUAAAGAUGGCCUCAGUCCAUCUGAGAACGGGGAGAUCCCCACACCCAUGUCCAAAACCUCCACCAAGGCGUCCCGCAGUGGUCGAAGACGAGAAAGGAUCUCGCCGUCUGACGGUGACUCUGUGGUAAGUGACCGUUCCAGCGAGCGUGAAUCAACUGAGGAGAACUCGAGAGCCCACGCCACGCCCAACGACAGCAAGCAGACCCGUAAGGUCCCCAUCAAUGUUUUAAAUGGCAAGAAUAGAAUUGGUCCUCCUCCUAUGAAUGGUACAAAUGAGCAGCUGUCCUCAGCCUCCAUCUUUGAACAUGUUGAUCGGAUGUCUCGUGCCACAGAUGCAAGCAGGAGACUCCCCAAUAAAAUCCAGCUUAUCGCCAUGCAGCCCAUGCCUGUCCCACCGCUGUACAGCCCACCCAUCAACGGAAAACUGUCUGACACCAACCAAAUCAACAAAGAGAUCCAGGUAGCAUUGAGGCACAAGUCAGAGAUCGAGCACCACCGUAACAAGAUACGUCUGCGUGCCAAGAGGAAGGGCCACUACGACUUCCCCACUAUGGAUGACAUGACGAAUGGCCCCGGAGAUGCGAAGGACCCGGAUCGCAUCUAUCAGAAAGCACAGUUACAGAUCGAUAAGAUCCUGGACCCGGAUGCCCAGAUGCCCCCCAUCUACAUGGAAUCCAAGAAAAGCGGUCGUGGUAGGCGCUCUCCCAAACAGAGAAUGAAGGGCCAGCUAAAUGGAGGCCUAAUGGAGGCAGACAAAGACCACCUCAUCACCGAAGACACUGAUGCUGUUUACAGAAAGUGUCCCGGAGUCAACAACGUGGCCUACGUAUCGGACCCUGACCAAGGUCCAGGAUCCCCUCACGGGAGCCCCUCCCCCACCGAUGACGUCUUCAUGGGUCCCGCUUCCUCUCCUCCAGGCCAUGCCCCUCCCCCACCCCCCUACAUGCCUCCACAGCCGUCCAUUGAGGAGGCGCGGCAGCAGAUGCACUCCCUGCUGGACGAUGCCUUUGCCCUAGUGUCGCCCACCUCUCAGGGCAGCACAGCAGGGAUCACUCUCCCCGGGGUCAACACCAACCCGCCUGUCUCCAGCCCUCCAGGCCGUGGCUCCAGACCCUGGGGUCCCUCUUACCAGGGUCUCGGUCCUUUCCCUGGUAGGUUCACUGAUCUGAACUUGUCCCCUCCUCCUGUCCAAGGCCUGACGCCAAGGCAGGGCCUUGGCUCGAGCUAUCUGCCACCAGGAGAAACUGCAGGGCAGAGUGAGCAGUUCCAGCCAGACAGCCUGUACUCCAGCAGGGGCCUCUACGCUGAUGAGCUGCCCUCAUCUGCCAGACCGCGACCAGUAGGGGGAACUACAGGCGCCCAGCUCCAUCAUCUUACACAGGUGGGAUUGUCCAGCCGGAUGAAUGGUUACCCAGCAGGGGUCAGGGCGGCUCCAGGGCAGAACGGAGGCAUCGGCUGGAACCACUACCAUGGUGACCACUUCUCCAGGACGGAGCCUGAAAAAGAUGCAUUCCUGGACUGUCCUGACUACACGUCCUCCUCUGUCUUCCAGACGCCCAGAAGUGGUAUCAGGGAGCCUUCUGCGCCCCCUGUCCACCUGGACACCACAGGAUAUCUGUCAGCCCCACCUCCCCUGGAUACGUCUCCUCCUACCCACUCCUCUGCUUCCCUGAUCAAGGCCAUCAGGGAGGAGCUGUUGCGACUCUCCCAGAAACAGGCAGCUGUGCCCAGCUACCACAGCUGA